CACGACACAAAAAAUCGACCAAUGGUUAAUUGUCUUAAUGGAACUUGGUCACAUUUCGCUGCCAAAAAUGGCCAGCGAAAAUGCCCAAUUCUCAAUUAGUUUUUACAAAAUCAACUCAUGGUGCAGUUGCAAAAUAUCAUUGUUUGCAUGGAUUUCGACCUUCUUCGCCCAACAAUUUAAUUAAAUGUCUUUAUGGAAAGUAA